UGUCGUGGAAUAAAGAAAAGUCCAAGCAGUUACGGAUACGAGAGAUACCUACUUAUUGUGCUCACACAUGAUAUGACUCAGUCCCGCGAGGUUUUGGCGAUGAUGGAUGCGCACACAACCACGUUCGGACGCAAGAGAGGCUGUACAAUUUCUCGUUGCGGUGCCUUCUUCUUGGGAGCAUUUUUUCUGAUUAGUCUGGUUGCCACUGGUCUAUUGGUGUAUCAUUUUGCUCCUUGUCUCGAAGAGAAACAAGUCAAGCAAUGCGACGACCUUUUCGUCGGCAGUCCGCUUUUGCCGAGCGGGAAGGGUUUUUCGCCAACGCCCGUGAAGAAGAAGAUAGAUGUCAGAUUACCAAAGGCAGUUGUGCCCGAUUCGUACGAAUUAUGGCUGAUACCCUUCAUAUGGGAGGGUAACUUCACCUUUCAUGGCGAGGUCAAGAUUUUGGUGAACGUAACGUCGGAUACGAAUAAUGUCACGCUUCACGCCGUGGACAUGAUGAUCGAUGAGGGCUUUACAAAUAUCAGAGAGUACUCGGCUACCAGCAACAAGACUAAGAUAAUCAGGAUCGUGGAGCAGAGAAACGACACCGACAGGCAAUUUCACGUGAUUAAAACGUCGGACACGUUGAGCAGGGGCAAACAAUACGUGGUGCAUCUCAAGUUCAUUGGCUAUCUGAACGAUUACUUACAAGGUUUCUACAGAAGCUCGUACAUGGUCGGCAAUCAGACGAGAUGGAUCGCCACAACUCAGUUCCAAGCGACGGAUGCGCGUCGUGCUUUCCCAUGCUUCGACGAGCCGGCUUUGAAAGCUAAGUUCCAGAUCAACAUAGCGCGUCCCAGAAAUAUGACAUCUAUUUCGAAUAUGCCUAGGAAAGGAGCACCGAUGCCAGUGCCCGGUUUGCACACAUAUGUAUGGGAUCAUUACGAACGUUCAGUACCGAUGUCUACAUAUUUGGUCGCCUUCAUAGUUUCCGACUUUGAUGUACGGAGAUCGGAAGAUGGUAACUUUGGAGUUUGGGCACGCCAAGAAGCUAUUAGUCAAUCGCAAUACAGCUUAAAUAUUGGACCGAAAAUACUUAAAUAUUUCGAAGAGUAUUUCCAGAUCAAGUUUCCUCUGCCAAAGAUGGAUAUGGUUGCGUUACCUGAUUUUUCAGCCGGUGCUAUGGAAAAUUGGGGCUUAAUAACUUAUAGAGAGACAGCAAUGUUAUACCAAGAAGGCGUAUCGACCAGUACUAGUAAGCAGCGGGUAGCCACUGUGGUAUCUCACGAACUCGCGCAUCAGUGGUUUGGAAACUUAGUGACACCAAGUUGGUGGACAGAUCUUUGGUUGAACGAAGGUUUUGCCAGUUACGUCGAAUAUAUCGGCAUAGAUGCGGUAGAACCAUCAUGGAAAGUCUUGGAACAAUUCGUCAUUCACGAUCUUCAAAAUGUAUUUAGUCUGGAUGCUUUGGAAUCUUCUCAUCCUAUAUCUAUCGAAGUCGGCCAUCCUGAUGAAAUUAGUGAAAUUUUUGACAGAAUUUCUUACGGAAAAGGUGCUUCCAUAAUAAGAAUGAUGGAUCAUUUCCUCACAACAAAAGUCUUUAAGCAGGGACUAACUAAUUAUUUGAAGGGAAAAGCUUAUCAAAGCGCUGAGCAAAAUGAUUUGUGGUAUGCUUUGACUCAACAAGCUCACAAAGACAAGGUACUUGAACCAAGCGUAACUGUUAAAGAGAUUAUGGAUACUUGGACUCUGCAAACCGGCUUUCCUGUAAUCACUGUCGCGCGAAACUACAACAACAAUAGUGCAAUGCUGACGCAGGAACGUUUCCUGCUUCGUAAUGGCACUACACAAGUUACUACUUCUCCAUCGGAACCAUUAUGGUGGGUACCCAUCACUUAUACGAGCGAGAAGCAAUUAAACUUUAGUAACACUCAACCUAUUGCAUGGAUGAAAGCGGAACGUUCGAUAUCCUCAACGAUUUGGGUGCAAGCUCGUCUCAGUGGGUACUUUUCAACGUACAAGAAACUGGUUACUACAGAGUGAAUUAUGACAGAGCAAACUGGCAGAUGUUAAUCAAGCAAUUAAACAAGCAAAAUUUCAA